ACCCGAACAUGAUUUAGUCUUCGUACAGCCUCACUCGCGUUAUCUACGUUUCACUAUUUAACGUGAGUCGGUCGUUAAUCAUUAAACUGUGUGCAACAAUUCAGACGAAGCUCUCACACAUAAUUCGAAAAACGGAGAAAAAUACUAAACCGGAAAAAUAUCAUGGCAAAAAUGUUUCUAUUAUAUCUUGCAAUAAUAAUUGGAGCAUUUUCUGAUACAACAGCAACGAAUUAUUGCAAUAUAACCUUGUGUCAAAAUGCUCAUAAUCUUCAAACGAUGUGCAUGUACCGUUCAUCAACGCCGGGGCCAAAAUGCGUACAAUGGAGUAAUCAGGGUUUGACCGAUGCUGAAAGAUCAGCUAUAGUACUAAAACAUAAUCAACUGAGGCAGAAUGUAGCGUUAGGUAAGGAACGCAGAGGAAGAAACGGUCCACAACCAGCGGCAGUUCACAUGCCAAAUUUGUCCUGGGAUAAUGAAUUAGAGACAAUUGCACAAAGAUGGGCCAAUCAAUGCAUCAUGGGUCACGAUAGUUGCAGAAAUGUAGAAAGAUUCAAUGUUGGUCAGAAUAUAGCAUGGAUCUCUUCCACGGACGAAAACAAAUCCACUUUGGAACAAAUCAUUCAAUUCUGGUACAACGAAGUAGAUAAAUUUGAUAAAAAUCUAAUUUCUGCAUAUAGUAGAGAUAAGGACGGUGACGUGAUAAGCCAUUAUACUCAACUCGUCUGGGCUAACACAACAAAAGUCGGUUGUGGACGAAUAAAGUUCAAACACGGUGAUUGGAAUAAGCAUUAUCUAGUAUGCAAUUAUGGUCCAACUGGAAAUGUACGAGGUGGAAGAAUAUAUGAAAUCAAGAAAUGAAUUUGAAAAAAAAAUAAAA